AUGCGGGUCGUUCGAUCUCUCACUCGGAUCAAGCAAUGGCGCCUCAGUAACGCCACCGCCGACUCCAGUGAGCUCUCCGCCUCCUCAGUCCACUACUCUUCGUCCUCGUCCGCCGUCGGCGAACUCUCGGCCGAUUCCAUCGCAGAAUUCAUCCUCAAAUCCGAAUGGUCUCACCUCGAUUCCUUACUCCCCUCCCUCUCCCCUCCACUCAUCUCCUCCAUUCUUGUUCGUCUUCAAGGGUCUCCACAUCUCAUCCCUUCCUUCGUGCAUCGCUUAGGUCACCGCUGCCUCGACCUUCAAUCCCUCUCCACCGCCGCCGUUCUACUCUCUGCGGACCCCGCCCUAUCCCUACUGAAGCAAUCACUCACUUCAGGCUUCCCUAAAGCUUCUCCUCGUGAGGUCUUCGAUGCUCUGGCUGCUGCACAGAAUCAGUGCCGCCCAUGCGACACCCCGAUUGUGUUCGAUCUCCUCCUUCGCGCCUACGCUGAAUCUGGCGAUCCCGACGCAGCUCUGGAAUUCUUCUAUCUCAUGAAAGAGGAGAACAUGCUACCGAAGAUUGAAUCCUGCAACUCCAUGCUAAGUGUUUUUUUGAAGAAAAAUCAGACAGAGAAGGCAUGGGUUUUGUAUGCAGAAAUGUUCCGAUUGAGGAUCUCGUCAACGAUUGUCACGUACAAUAUAAUGAUUAAUGUGCUGUGCAAAGAAGGCAAAUUGAAGAAGGCAGAAGCUUUUAUGAUAUUCAUGGAGGAGUCUGGGAUCAAGCCGAGUGUUGUGACUUACAAUACUUUAAUUCAAGGGUAUUGCCUAAGAGGUAAGGUCCAAACGGGUCUAGAAAUUUUGGAUGAGAUGAUCGAAAAAAGAAUCAAGCCUGAUUCUUACACUUAUGGAACUUUGAUUUCUGGUUUGUGCAAAGAAGGGAGGCUUGAGGAUGCUUCUGCAUUGUUAGGAAAGAUGGAAGAUAAAGGAUUGGCUGUUACUGCUGUCAGUUUUAAUGCUUUGAUUUCCGGUUAUUGUAAUAAAGGAGAGUUAGAUGUUGCAUUUCAUUUAAGGGAUGAGAUGGUAAGGAAGGGAAUCGAGCCUACUAUAACCACUUACAAUUUGCUUGUUCAUGCAUUGUUUAUGGAGGGGAAGGAUGUUGAAGCAAAUGCCCUGAUCAAGGAUAUGGGAGAGAAGGGGAUGGUACCUGAUGCAAUCACCUAUAACAUUCUAAUCAAUGGAUAUUCAAAGGAUGGCAAUGUAAAGAAGGCAUUUGAGUUGUUUGAAGAAAUGUCAAGGAAGGGAGUGAAGCCCAAUAAGGUCACCUACACUUCUUUAAUUUAUGCCCUUUGCAAGAGGAAUAAAGUGGCUGAGGCUGAUAAAAUGUUCAGGGACAUGGUGAAUAGUAAGGGCUUUCCUCCUGAUCUUGUGAUGUACAAUGUCAUGAUUGAUGGCCACUCCAUUAGUGGAAACUUUGAAAGAGCUUAUGAGCUUUUGAAGGAAAUGGAGAAGAGGAGAAUCCAUCCUGAUGAUGUUACUUACAAUUCUCUGAUGAGAGGCCUAUGCUUGUUGGGGAAAGCAGAGGAGGCUCGAGAACUUCUCGAUGAGAUGCGAAGACGAGGAAUCAAGCCUGACCUUGUCAGUUACAAUACCAUAAUUAGCGGUUAUAGCAGGAAGGGUGAGAUGAAAGAUGCCUUUUCUGUUCGAAAUGAGAUGCUGGAAAAGGGAUUCAACCCGACAAUUCUAACAUAUAAUGCUCUUAUUCAAGGACUUUGUAAAAAUGGGGAAGGAGAUCAGGCUGAGGAGCUCUUAAAAGAGAUGGUGAGCAAAGGUAUUAAGCCUAAUGACAGUACUUACAUCUCGUUGAUUGAGGGUUUGAGUAACAGCAAAGAGCUACCCAAUAGUCAGAUUGUGUAAACAUAUGCAUUUGGCUCAUAUUUGGCUACCCAAUAGUCGCAUUUUCAUCACAUCAAAUUCCUUAACUACUUGGGGUUAGUUUGCAAAUUCUUCUUUGUCAAUCACUUAUUUUAACUGUUACAUGCAAUGUUAAAUUCUAUUUACAUAAUCUUUUUGAACAAAUUCUUGCCA